GGCGCGCGCGGCGGGAGGAGGGGGCGCGCGCUUCCCGGAACAGCCCGCGCUGAGGGAAGAGAGGAAGAAAAUAAAACCCGCGGCCGGAGCCAAAGCUGGAGCUGCCGCCGCCGCCGUCUCGGCCGUCUGGAGCUCCCCCGCGCGGACGAUGCCCGCGAUGCCCGCGCGGGGCUCGGGGCGGUGAGGCCCGGGGCGCGGGGUAACUAUGGCGACCGGGAGCGCGGCCCGCGGCGCCGCCUGACAGGUGUGGGGCCCCGGCGGCGGCGGCGGCGGCACGGAGCAGCAUGUACGCCAAGGGGGGCAAGGGCUCGGCCGUGCCCUCCGACAGCCAGGCACGAGAGAAGUUGGCGCUGUACGUGUAUGAGUACCUGCUGCACGUUGGUGCCCAGAAGUCAGCCCAGACCUUUCUGUCCGAGAUCCGAUGGGAGAAGAACAUUACGCUGGGGGAGCCCCCGGGCUUCCUGCAUUCCUGGUGGUGCGUGUUCUGGGACUUGUACUGUGCAGCGCCCGACCGCAGAGAGGCGUGCGAGCACUCGAGUGAAGCCAAGGCCUUCCAGGACUACAGCGCUGCAGCGGCCCCCAGCCCGGUGAUGGGGAGCAUGGCUCCCAAUGAUGCAAUGGCAUCAGGCCCCAUGGCACCCGGCUUCUUCCAGCCCUUCAUGUCACCGCGGUUCCCAGGGGGCCCCCGGCCCACCCUGCGGAUGCCGAGUCAGCCUCCCGUGGGCCUACCCGGCUCCCAGCCCCUCCUCCCUGGCGCCAUGGACCCCUCCCCACGUGCUCAGGGGCAUUCGAGCAUGGGCCCGAUGCAGAGGGUGACGCCUCCACGGGGCAUGACCAGCGUUGGGCCCCAGGUAAGGCCUGGGCCCAGGCGACAGGGGAGCUUCAGGGGCUGCCCUCUCUCGGCUUGCCCUCUCACGGCCCCUUUACCUUCACAGAGCUAUGGAAGUGGCAUGCGGCCCCCACCCAACUCUCUUGCUGGCCCGGGUUUGCCCACCAUGAACAUGGGACCCGGAGUGCGUGGCCCAUGGGCCAGCCCCAGUGGCAACUCGAUCCCCUACUCCUCCUCCUCCCCUGGCAGCUACACGGGACCCCCAGGAGGAGGUGGGCCCCCUGGAACACCCAUCAUGCCCAGCCCUGGAGACUCCACCAACUCCAGUGAGAACAUGUACACCAUCAUGAACCCCAUCGGGCCAGGCGCCGGCAGGACUAAUUUCCCGCUUGGCCCUGGUCCGGAGGCCCCCAUGGCCGCCAUGAGUGCGAUGGAACCUCACCAUGUAAACGGAUCCCUGGGCUCGGGCGAUCUGGACGGGUUGCCGAAGAGCUCCCCCGGCGCCGUGGCCGGCCUGAGCAACACCCCGGGCACCCCGCGGGACGACGGCGAGAUGGCGGCCGCCGGGACCUUCCUGCACCCGUUCCCGAGCGAAAGCGUAAGCGACUGCGUCGACUCCCCCCCCGCGGCGGCGUCGGGCCGGAGGGGCCUGGCGGGCAGACCCCGGCGGGGCGGCCGGGGGGCCAGAGCAAGACCGUGACCGCGGCGGGCCAGUACUCCCCCGGGAUGACCAUGAGCGUGUGAUGGGGCCGCAGCCCCUUGCCCACUGCCGACCUCGGCUUCUGCCCAGCGCCCCUGCCCGGGGCCAAGGUCCAGGGGCUCGGGUGGUCUGCAGGGUGAGGGUCUGAGGUCACACCGCGGGCAACUGGACUCCCGGUCAAGGCUUGGAUGGCUGGGGAGCCCCGCGCAAAGGACUCAUUCAUUUUAUAAAAAAACACAAGGACCUCAGAGACGUUCUUUCCUGUAUGGGCCCUUCCCGCCAUUUCUGUUUUGUCCAGGGGGCUCCUUGGGGGACUUCCUUUCCCCUGGAGAGCAGGGGUGGGCCCCAUCAAUAAACAUAACUCGAUUUUGGUUUUUGGCAUCUG